AUGGGUUUCACUUUCAAGGGAUUGACUACCAGUGCAUUGGUCUCUGGCAACAGCAAAAAUGCCGAUGCCAAUGAGAAAGACAUUGCCGACGUGCCUGCCUCCUACCAGGGCCACACCAGCAUGGAUGCUGCUCGUCCUGACGAGAAGGUUGGCAGCCCGAGGGAGUCGGCCAGGAGUCGGGAAUCGGAUGAGGAACUGAACAAAGUCGAUACCACUGCGGAGGCAGGUGUUCAGCAUGUACAAGCUGCCUCGCUCCUGUGGAAGAAGCGAGACCUGAUCCUCGCGUACAUUGCCAUGUGGUUCAUCCAAUUCUUCACUGCCUACGCAUCCAGCACCUCAAGCACCCUCGCGCCCUACGUCACCAGUGACUUCCAGCUGCACUCCUUGACCGCCCUGACCAGCGUCAUCUCCUCCAUCGUCGGCGGUAUCUGGAAGCUCCCAUAUGCCAAGAUCCUCAACAUCUGGGGUCGACCUUUCGGUCUCGGCCUGGGUGUAGCCAUCUACGUCCUCGGUCUCAUCUUGAUGGCGAGCUGCAACAACGUCAAGGCCUACUGCGCGGCACAGACCUUCUUCUACGUCGGUUCCAACAGUAUCGACUUCUUCAUCACGGUCUUCAUCGCCGAUACUUCCAAGUUGAGGAACCGAGCGCUGUUCAUCGGGUAUGCGUCCUCUCCAUGGCUCAUCACCACCUGGAUCUACGGAUACGGCAUCAACAGCAUCACUGCUCCUGGCGGUAUCGGCUGGCGAUGGACUUUCGGCAUCUUCGCCAUUAUCGCGCCUAUUGUCACCUCACCGCUCAUGCUUCUGUUCAUCAUCUACGAGGGCAAAGCAAAGAAAGAGGGUCUUAUCACGCCCCGCCCCAGCCGCGGUAAUUUCGUCCAGACCCUCAAGUACUACCUCCGCGAAUUCGAUGCCGUAGGCCUCCUGCUCCUCGCCGCUGGGCUCUCCCUCUUCCUCCUCGCCUUCAACAUCUACUCCUACCAGGCCAAGCAGUGGGCUUCACCCCUCAUCAUCUGCUUCCUCGUAUUCGGCGCCCUUCUAGUCGUCGCAUUCGGUCUGUGGGAGAAGUACGGCGCACCCGUCACCUUCAUCCCGUGGCCGCUGCUCAAGAACCGAACCGUCAUCUUCACCUACACCAUGGCCGGUUCUUUGUACAUCGGCUGGUACUGCUGGGACUCGUACUUCUACUCGCUUCUUGUCGUCUUGUUCGACCAGAGCCCUGUACACGCUACUUGGAUAGCCAACAUCUACACCAUGGGCAGCUGCUUCUGCUCCAUCGUUUACGGACUUGUGCUGCGAUACUACGGAAAGCUCAAGAUCUACUCUUUGUUCUUGGGUGUGCCGCUCACCAUGCUUGGUGUUGGUCUCAUGAUCAAGUUCCGCCAGCCCGACGAGAACAUCGGCUACAUUGUCAUGUGCAUGAUCUUCAUUGCCUUCGGUGGUGGUAUCCUGGUUAUCUCUGAGCAGACCACCUUGAUGGCUGUGUCUAAGCAGCAAGACUUCCCUGCACUCUUGGCCGUCGAGUCUAUGAUCAUUUCCAUCGGAAGCGCUAUUGGCUCUACUGUUGCGGGUGCUAUCUGGACCGGUGUUUUCCCUGCUCGCCUGAUGGCUAACCUGCCUGAGAGCGCCAUGGACAACUUCGCUGCCAUUUACGGCGACUUCAACGUGCAAGACAGCUACCCUGUCGGCAGCCCCACUCGCGAUGCUAUCAACCUCAGCUACGGUCAGACACAGAGGUACAUGCUUAUCUCGGCUGUCUGCGUCUACUGCAUCACGCUUUUCAGUGUUGGCUUCUGGCAGAAUGUCGAUGUCAGGACCAUGAAGCAGAGGACUAUUGGUCUUUUGUAG